AUGUCUUUCCCAUGGUCAGCAAAGAACCUUCCCAAGCAAAUUUUCAUCAACAACGAAUACGUUGACUCCAAGAGCAGCAAGAAGCUCACUCUCACCAAUCCCAAGGAUGGCUCUCUGAUUUCCAACGACGUUGCUCUUGCUGGGGAGCAGGACGUCGAUACCGCUGUUGCAGCUGCCGAAGAGGCUUUCCCGGCCUGGAAAAAGACUCCUCCUGGGGAGCGCAGGAACAUUAUGAUCAAGUUCGCCGAAUUGAUCGAAGCAAACACCAAUGCCAUCGCUGAGCUGUCCCGUAUAUCUCUUGGCGCUCCUUUCAAAGCAUUUGGUGCCUUCGAGGUUGGCCUCUGUGCUGAGGCAUUCAAAUAUAAUGCGGGCUGGAUCGACAAGUUCGGCGGCGAAUCUUGGCCCCAGGAAGAUGGUUUCCUGAAAAUCGUGCGUAACGAGCCUCUUGGUGUGACUGCUGGUAUUGUGCCUUGGAAUGGUCCAGUCGGCACAAUCGGUCUCAAGGCUGCACCUGCCCUCGCCACGGGCAACUGCUUCAUUCUCAAGCCUUCAGAAAAAACCCCCUUCUCUUCCCUCGCUCUCGGAACUUUGAUCAAGGAGGCUGGAUUCCCACCUGGUGUGUUCCAGAUCCUCUCUGGAGAUGGCAGCACGGGCGCUAUUAUUGCGUCUCACAUGCGCAUCCGCAAGGUUUCAUUCACCGGCAGUAUCGCAACUGGAAAGAAGAUCCAGGAGAUGGCGGCUAAAUCUAACUUGAAGCGUGUUACGCUCGAGCUUGGUGGGAAGUCGCCAGCUGUGGUCUUUGACGACUGCAACCUCGACAAUGCUGUCAUGUGGACUGCGAACGCUAUCACUGCAAACACCGGUCAAGUGUGCUUUGCCGCUUCUCGCGUAUACGUGCAGGAGGAUAUCUACGACAAGUUCAUCGAGAAGUACAAGGAGGCGAUGGAGAACAAGGCGAAGGAAGUUGGCGACCCAGAAGCCGAAGGCACCACCAUCGGUCCCCUAGUCGACGAGGCGCAAUUCAAGCGUGUAUCUGGCUUCAUCGAGCGUGGGCAGAAGGGUCAAGGCAAAUUACUCGUUGGCGGUCAACGGAUCGGCGACAAGGGCUUCUAUAUUGAGCCGACCGUUUUCACGGACGUCGACCCCACUUCCGAAAUCCAUUGCGAAGAGAUCUUCGGCCCGGUUUCCGUCGUCAAGUCCUUCAAGACCGAGGAGGAGAUUAUGAAGCUGUCAAAUGACACAAGCUUUGGUCUUAUGGCCGGUGUCUUCACGCAAGACAUCAAUAAAGCGUUGCGAGUGGCGUCAGACUUUGAAUCGGGCAUGGUUGGCAUCAACUGCAUUAGCUUGAUGUUUAUGGUCAGCCCUUUUGGUGGAAGCAAGGAGAGUGGUAUCGGCCGCGAGUGUGGUAUUCAUGCUUUGAGAGCAUUUACGGAGCCAAAGACUAUUAUGAUUAACAUGAACUACUAGUUGGCUCCAACCCUCCAAGGGAAC